AUCUCAAUCGUAGUGCGCACGAUUGUGUGGAGAGCGUGUGGAGUGCCUAAGAGCAAGUGUACCUUCAGCUGCUCAACUGUUUAGAAUUCAUAUUGGAGGCAGGUUUUCCAACGUCGUCUCAAGAGGGAAAAACUACAAAAACAACCAAAGGCAGUGGAAUGAAGGAUUGGGCAAGGAACACAACCAGCGCAUCCUGAUACGAUCAACAUGAAACGCCACGUAUCUCUUGCUGUUGCACUAUUGUCUAUCUUACACCAAGGUCUGUGCAGCCCUCCUCAUAUCAUCGUUGUCGUAGCGGAUGACCUGGGCUGGGGUGAUGUGAGCUUUCACGGUUCUCGUCAGAUUCCUACUCCCAAUAUUGACGCCCUUGCCGCCAGCGGGAUCGUCCUCAAUAACUACUAUGUCUCCCCGAUUUGCACGCCAUCUCGGAGCGCCUUGCUCUCCGGACGUCACCCUAUACACACAGGUAUGCAGCACGGCACGAUCUUCGCCGCGGAACCCUGGGGCUUCCCUUUGCAGUACCAGUUGAUGCCAGAGUUCUUCAAAAAGCUCGGCUACGAGACGCAUGCCGUUGGAAAGUGGCACAUUGGGUUUAUGACUGAGGAUUAUACACCGACAAGGCGAGGCUUCGACUCAUUCUAUGGCUAUUACAACGGCCAUCAAGACUACAUGGACCACACGACAUACGAGCUGUACAGAACGGGAAACGACACAGUAUGUGGAUGGGGAUUGGACAUGCAUCAUAAUCUGGAACAGGACAAGUCACAGCUGGGAAACUACGCAACCAAUCUCUUCACCGAGCGGGCCAUUGACGUCCUUAAAAACAGGGACAAAACAAAGCCCAUGUUCUUGUACCUGGCCCAUCUUGCAGUACAUACCGGAAGUGGUUACAACAUCCUGGACGCGCCAUACGACUAUGUGCAAAAAUUUGCGUACAUCAAAGACGACAAGCGGAGAGUUUUCGCUGCCAUGGUGUCAGCUCUGGAUGACGCAGUCGGAGAGCUCGUCAAGGCAUUGUUGUUCAGCAACAUGCUGAACGAGACGCUUUUGGUGCUGACAACCGACAACGGCGGUGCAGCCGGUGGAGUGGACCAGAGCGCAGGCUGCAAUUGGCCUCUCAGGGGCACCAAGACGACCCUAUGGGAAGGUGGCGUACGUGGCACGGCCGUUCUCUGGGGUCCUCGAUUGGCUGGACGGCGUCACGUGGCCUCGCAGCUCAUGCACAUCACUGACUGGUUACCGACGCUCUACCACGCUGCUGGUGGCUCCGUAGCCGACCUGGGCGACAUUGAUGGUUACAAUCUGUGGGAGAGUUUGCUGUCCGACAGCGUCUCUCCGAGGCCCGACGUCCUUCACAACAUCGAUCCUAUGGACCAGAACUCUGCGCUUCGCCACGGGGGAUACAAGCUCGUCCAGGGACAUAUUAGGCUCAAUGACUGGUACAAGCCGGCAGACUAUGAUCAAGGGCCACACAAUGUGGAGAAACUACGGUACAAGAGUUCCGUUGGACGGACACUUCGCAAACUGGGUCGUCCGUUGGUAGAAAGCGUUGAUGAAGCUCUCGAUGAGGUGGUGGUCAAGUGCAACCUGCCCAUGAACGUCAGUGCCUGCUUUCCCGAGAAGGCUCCCUGUCUGUUCAACAUCGAAGCGGAUCCGUGCGAGAACGACAACAUUGCUGAUCAGCACCCGGACAUUGUGGACUUUAUGUUGAAGAGAUUGGCUGUCUACCGAGAGUCUAUGGUGCCGCCGCUCAACAAAGCACCCAUCAAGAAAGCUCUGCCGAGACUACACGGCUACGUAUGGAAACCUUAUCUGUAGAUAGAGCGAUACAUUAUUCUAAUAAAAGUAAAAGUCAGUCUA